UGUGUGCAUUAGAGUAGAAAUAAAAAUGCUGCCCCGGUAUACCAUCGCCAUUCUAGAAGAAAGUCUUUGCUCGCGUGCACAACUUCGUUUGUAAGAUAAUCGGUCCCUGCUUUCCAAUAAGCCCGGUGGUUUCAUGUGUCACGCUGCAGCAACGUCACUGAUUCCACGUGAUGAUGGUGAACGCCCCCUGAGCCCUGAGUGAUGCGUGUCAGAUACAUAUACGCAGUAUUGAGAUGGGGGUUAAACUCGUGCACACUCCGCGUCCGUGGCACUUGUCCCCUUCUGCGCGAUACUCUUCAUUCAUCAACAAACCGUGUAAACUGUAGCGACUUGUGGUGCAAAUGCUCUUGGAAGCCAUAAAUAGCUAUCUCUAGAAGAGUGCACUGUCAUUUUUAAUUUGUCUCUCAAUCAAUGUGACAUACCGUUUUCCGGGCGAUGGCGCAGGUCGUGGACAAAAUGAGCGCGGAAGUUCGCUCGGCCGCCUUUUGGCGCGCCUGUCUGGCGGAAUUUAUCGGAACCCUCCUCUUCAUUUUCCUAGGCUUGGGCUCCACCGUAACCAAAGCCCCUGACCUUGUCAGGAUUUCCCUGGCCUUUGGUCUUGCAAUCGCAACCCUGGUGCACUGUACCGCACACAUCAGCGGUGGACAUCUCAACCCUGCCGUCACAAUCGGCUUUCUGGUCACCCAUGCUAUCACCCCCUUGCGAGCCAUUGUCUACGUCUUUGCUCAGGUGCUUGGAGGUAUGGUAGGCGCUGGCAUCCUCCGGGGAUUAUCGCCCUCCUACUGGAGCGGAGGCCCCACGGUUCCUCAGCAAGGUGUCGAGGAGUGGCAGGCUUUCAUCAUGGAGAUAUUGCUCACCUUCCAGCUAGUCUUCACCGUAUUUUCUACUGUAGAUCCGGACCGUAAAGGCUUCGCCGGCUCUGGGCCACUGGCUAUAGGCCUGUCAGUCGGCCUUGGGCAUCUCGCUGCGAUUGAAAUUAGCAGUGCCAGCAUGAAUCCUGCUAGAUCUAUUGCGUCAGCAAUCGUGUCCAGCAAUUGGACCGCACAUUGGGCCUACUGGGUUGGUCCGAUUCUGGGCGGGAUACUGGCGGCUGGCAUCUACGAUAUUGUCCUGGCACCCACUGCCGACAUGAACCGCCUCCGGAAGUGCGCGACGUGCGUGUAUGACCCAAGCGAGGAAGAAUCCAGGCAAGACAUCGACUUGAGUAUCAUCAACCAAGGACAAGCGCAGGACGAACCCUUCGCUGGGGGAAAUAAACUCUGAAAUAUCCGUCCGUGAAAUCUCGUGCACAUGAGUCAAUACGCUUUUGAGCGUAUGAUUUUCUGUGUGUUGAUUCGGACAUUAGAACACUGUAUUGCUCGUAUACAUAUUGUACGUAUUCAUUUUCUAGCUGUCUUUUCUAGAAAUUCAUGAAGUGUUUUGACGGAGCCGCUGAGACCACAGUAUCUGUCUCACAGAAUGUUAUGAGGAAAACUGACGGGAGUGAAGGAGAUAUCAUUCAUUACAUGCAAAUAUGCCCACCAGUGACGUGAGACAAAUAAACAUGUGGCCCGUCUGUCCAGUUAUUCCAUGCUAUUUCAAAGUUUAUUUCUGAUGAUAUAGCUAGUCCCAAUAUAAUUGUAGAUGUAUGAAUAACUUGUAAAAAAAGUUUCUUUUUGCUUAAUUUCGGAAUAAGUGAUAGUUUUUGUGUGUUUCAUUGUUGGAAUGCGUGUGUAAGCUUGUACUGUGGAACAAUAAGCACAUUUUCUUUCUACUACUUUAAAAUAUUUAGGCGGGAUUGUGCUUGAUCUGUGAAAAAAAGUGAUUGAACUUUCAAUACAAUGUAAUUUUAACAUGAAACAUCCUUCUGGCGUAAUGACAAUUGUAAAAUGUUUGCUAACAAAAAUCAUAAUGUAUUGGAUUAAUUGCUCUUUCUGUGAUUUUUGUACACGAUUAAAAUGUCAACGCAAUUAUUUCAAAGUUCGUUACUUUACACGUACUCUUUGUUCGCAGUUUUAUGUAAAAUGAUUCGAAGCAGAUUAAAAUGAUACAGCUGUAUAUAGGCCCAUUUCUUUCGAGAAUUUAGUCAAUUCACCUUGACAAAAUAAUAUAAAUCUCAAUGUGAAUCAUGUUUACUUCAGUCGUGUGGCCGUGUUGUGGUGAACCCUUGAGCAUGGCAACGCCCACUGGAGGGUUGCCAGAGAACCCUUAAUUUAAGGAUAGGUCGUCGGCUUGAAAUCAUAUAAAGGGCUUGAAAAUGAUUUUUGUCUGAAAGUUUUAUGCCCGUCAAAACGGGGGAUUUAAUAUCAAUCGAGGGCGCUGUAUCCAAACCUGUGUGUCUUUCAAUAUUAUUUUCGUUGCGUACAAGUUGAGUGAAAACACCAAAGAAUUGUACGGAUACGGAUACCAUAUAAGGCACUUUUACUAAAA